AUGGGUCAAUUCUACGAAAUCAUCCCGGAAAACAUCUACUCAUGGAUUCUGCAACAACAAAUGCUCUGGGUGUCGACUGCCCCGCUGUCAGCAAAGGGCCACAUCAAUGUCUCACCGAAAGGCGGCCAGUACUUCGGACUCGUCGAUCACAAGACUUUCUGGUAUAUGGAUUUGAGUGGGAGUGGCUGUGAGACCAUCUCGCAUUUGAGAGAAAAUGGAAGGAUUACGGUCAUGUUUAAUGAAUUUAAGGGGUCGCCUAGGAUUGUGAGGUUAUGGGGAUACGGUCGCAUUCUGGAGCGCGAAACGACAGAGUUUAAUGACUUUGUCGCACGAGAAUCUAUCACGACUAUUCCCGCCACGAGGUCGAUCAUUGUUGUGGACGUGCAUCAAGUCGGAUCGUCGUGCGGCUACAGUGUUCCGUUGUACGAGUUUAAGGAUUAUAGGAAGACUCUGAACCAGGUGUUUGAGAAGCGAAAGGAGAAGUUUGAUGGUGGGAAGAAGGAGGAGUCGAUGGAGAGGUAUUGGGCUUAUAAGAAUGCUUGGUCGAUGGAUGGUUUGCCUGGGAUGCAGGCGGGGUUGGAGUGUGGAGUGAGGGAGGGGGUUGAGCCGAUUGAGAAGAUGGUGAGUUUAUAUGUUAUGUUUUCUGUGGUUGGGGAGAAGCACGACUGA